GGAGUAGAAACAGUUUUACAGAAGUUUGUGUGUGGCCGUAAGACAUGGCUUACAAGUAUAACAUAACCAACAAGUGGAGGGAGUUAUUACCUGCUCAUUAUGUGAAGCGUUGCAUGGAGUUUGACAAUGCCCCACCCCUACCAAUCCAUUGGAAGCCUGCACCUGGAAAAUACAAAAUCAACCCAAAGACAGGGGAAAGGUUGAGAAUUAUAGAUGACCCUAUUCCCCCAAUCUAUCCAGAAGAAGCUAACCAGGGUUUGUGGGGAGGAGAAGGGCUUGUGCAAGGUCUCAUUCGCAAGAAGAAAAAUAAACUUAGGAUUCCCAGGUUAUGGCUUCCUUGCCUAACAAGACGUCCUCUGUACAGCGAAGUCCUGGAUAGAUGGAUGAUAAUCACAGUUACAUUCAGAACUCUGGACCAGAUUGAUGACUGCUAUGGCUUUGACAACUACAUUUUAAAGACCUCAGAAAUAGAACUCAACUCUAAACUGGGGAUGGAUCUGAAAAGAGAAAUGAUCUUGACUUUAGCCAACAAAUCCCUGUACCCCAAUAAUCCGGAGAAGCGGGAAAAAAUCUAUGAGAAAUAUAAGCAGUUUAUUAUGCCGGUAGAGGAAGCAGAAUGGCUGGGUUUGUCCACAAGGGAAGCUAUUCACAAAGCAAAAGCUAUAAAGGAAGCUGAAAAUCCGGUCCGGCCUCUCAAAGAAAUAUUUGCCGAAAGUUUUAUUGAAGAGCUAGAAGCAGGCAAAGAUUCUGAUGGAAGCUCAUCUAGUGGCUGGCUCACAAAGUUGAACCCAUUUAGUAAAUCGUCUGAAUCUACAGAUGAAAAACCCAGUUAGCGUAGAUGAGGGACUUGUCAAGAUGAGAAGCUCUUUGUAUUAACUGUGUUUUAGUGUGCUUGAAUUCACAUGAUGACAAACCCAGCUGGCAGAGAUGAAGGACUCUGCAAGAGGAGUAACUCUUUGUAUGAACUGUUUAUGAGUGUGCUUGAAUUCAUAUGACAAACCCAGCUAGUAGAGACGAGAGACUACAGAAGAAGCCUAACUCUUUAUAUAGAAUGUUUAUUACUGUGCUGGAAUUCAUACGAUGACAAACCCAACUGGCAGCGAUGAAAGAUACUCUAGAAUGUUUUGGUCUUACAUGAACAGUUUAUAAGUCUGCGGCAGUGCCCUACCCAAGAUGAUGAACCCAACCUGUAGUAAUGUAUGAUACUUUAGAAAGAUCUUGUUUUUGUAUUAACUUGUCGUUUGUAUGUAAAUACACAACUGAAGUUGACGCAUCAAACUUGAAGAGAGGAUGGCCGACUUUAUAAAAAGAUUUAGUCUUGUAUAAACUAUUUCUUAGUCUGCCCAAUAUGGCAAGUCCAGCUAACAAGGACAGAUGACUUGGGCACUUGAGUACACUACUGCUUUAGGAGACAAACCAGGAGGUCUCGAAUUCCAAGAAAUCUUCUUAACCCCAAACUGAUAAAGCCAGGAUUAGCUCCCUUCUGGGCAUUCUCGACCACAUGUGUAGUGUUAAUAAAAAGCUGUAAACCAGA